CACUCGGCCGCGUCGCGUGUGCGUAUACCUGCGCAGGUUGCCCGGUGAGCGGCGGCAGCGGCGGCAGGGAACACCCGCCGCCCAGUGGGGGAGUACCGAGUGUAGCGGUCGUGGUGUGUAUACGCACGCGAAAACAUUCCUCUACAACUGCUACGCGCCGCUGCUGCCGCCGCCGCUCGUACCGCACGACGAUAUUUAGUGUUUAAUAAUAAUAUUAUGAUUCGGCGGGCCUUUGGCGGGUUCCAGCCGACCUCGGGUUACCUCCACGGCACCGCGAUACUACUGCCGCCGCCGCCGUCGUCAAUAACGAUCGUCGUACGUUAGUCACUGCCAUGUCCGGUUUGUCGCUGAGGAAGCCGUGCGGCGAGAAGGAGUGCCCGGAGUACCACAUGUGCCAGGCCCACGAUCUCCAGUGCUACCCGUGUCAUUCCUACUGCAACGAGACUUCACACAACUUUGACGUCAAGAUAUGCCAACAACAGUGUCAAGAUUACAUACAUGAUUACGUGAAGCAUUACGUCAAGGAUAGUAACAUCCAAGAUGUGCUACAAGAGUUGGAGAGCCUGAAAUCGUUGAUAAUUUGGUUGACGUUGCUGGUGGUCGUUGCUAUCGCUUUGAUGUCCAUCAUGUUGGCGUUCGUUUGGAAACGCGAGAGGAAAAUACCGAAGCUUAAGAACGGAGGCAAAGAUUCAUAUUUCAAAAAAAAAUUGGCUUUCUUAAAGUUCAGGAACAACACGGUGAACACGGUUAGCGAAACCGUGGACAACAAGCCGUGGACGGUGACGGCGGCGGCGGCGGCGACGACUAUGAUGGCCGCGCACACGACGGACGCCCCGAAGACGUCGUCGGCCGGAUCGUCGUCCGGCAACCGGACAAGCCGCACGACCGUCUCGUCGUCGUCGACGUCGUCCACGGACAAGCUGCCGUGCGAGGACGCCACGCUCGUGACGCAGGAGUUCACCGGUUACGACAACUUGGGGCUGUGCAAAGUGUCGCCGGUGCUGUGCAGCAAACCGACGGCCACGAUGAAGAUGUACGGCGCGACCGACACGGACCUGCUACACCGAUACUCCCCCUAGCCGCCGCCCCCGCCGUCACCAUCGCACCGGGCAACCGGUGGUAUAGACUCGCCGUCGCCGAUACGACGUGUGCCGGAUUGCAGGGAUGUUCGACGGGGACGCGAACGGCGAGAACCAGAACGACGACCGCCGCAGCUAGACGACGUGCGGACGACACGCGUAUCAGUCGAGAAAAAAAUGAACGCCGCCGCCGCCGCUGCGUAGGGUACGCCUAAUAAUACGCUUAUAUACCAAUUAUUAUUACCGGCCAAAGUUUGUGCACAGUAUUUAUUUUAGAUAAUUUAAUAUCAUAUAUGAACUGCUGUAGAUUAUAAUAUUAUAAUGGAUAUAUUGUCUACGACCCUUAUUGACUGUCGGCCAUCACUCGUUUCUAUUGGCCGCGAAUUCGAUUAUAUCUCGACGAAACGCCGUUACUUAUAUAUAUAUAUAUAUUACUUAACAAUAUAUUAUUAUCACGUGUAUAGUUUUAUUUUCAUUUCGCUAGCACAAAUAUGCGCAGAGAUGUGAUUUUAGACCAUUUGUGAGUGAUGUAAUCGUGUGCGUAGUAGUAUACUAUAAUAUGUUGGUUUGAGCGAUUCGAAAACCGUUCCGGGAACGUUACAGCUUAAGUCUAGUUGGGUCGAGUGCAUUUUGAAAAUCUCUUUUGAUGUAAUGAUCAUAUUAUCAACACAACAUUUCGUCGUAGUUAUGUACAAGUCCGCGACACAACGUGAUAUCACACACGCACGCACUCGUACAUAGGAUAUAUAUAUAAAUGUAUAUGUAACGUGAGUAGGUAACGCGUAAAUUGUAGUUUUUUUCGUUUUUUCGUACCUAUUAUUUACUAUUAUAUUUUUUAAAUGAACUGCGCACAGUAUUAUAUCGACGACGCGCGUAUCGCGGUCAAAGUACUUAAAUAUUGUAGUUGUUACUUGUUGUUAUUAUUGUUUUUUAUUUUUUUGUUUCUUUAAUAAUAUAACCUUAUAUAUCGUGUAACUUUGUUGAUACUUAGGAGUUAGGAUAAUUUUGUAUAUUGUAUUCAAGUUAAAAGCGUGUUACACGCGCGUUAGCGAUUAUUAUGUAAGUAUUAAGUUUAGUGAGCUAUGAGGAGGAUGAAAUAAACCUUUGAUCAGUGAACCCCGUCCAAUAAACUUUAACAGUUUUUAGAUAAUUUUGCGCCACGCUCGUCCAUGUCUAUACAUAUUAUAAUACACGUAUGUGUACUUAUGUAUAGAUGCGCUGUCGGCGUAAAAUUGUAGGUUGUCGACAAACGCCGUUCGUUUGACGUUGUACAUAUAAUAAUAUUAUAAUAUAAACUUUUUUUUAUAUAUAUAAUAUUUCAUAAAAUGAUUUUUUUAUUUAUAUUAUAUAUUUAUAUAUUAUAAUAUCAUAUCGUUUUAAAGUAUGUAGUAUAAUAUACCUUAGUUAUCAUAAAAAAUUUCUAUUGUUUGUUUUAGCAUCGUAAUACUUUAAAUGUAUAAUUUCUAUAAACACGAGUAAUGCGCAUUGUAAUGCCAUUAGAUCGAUUUAUUAAUAUUAUAUAGAUUAUAGUUGGUAUAGUUAGGUAGUAUUAAAAUACAUAAUAGUUAAAUUAAUUUAUCGAUCAUAUUAUAGAACCGAGACAAUCAUAUCAUAUUACUUAUAAGGAGGUAUUAUUAUUAAGUAUGGAUAUUAUAUUAUUUGUAAUACAUCGUCGUACCUAGGCACCUAGAUAAUAAUUGUAUUGUAAAAAAAAAUAGAAUUUAGUAUAUUAUUUAUAAUGUUUAUAAAGUAUAGGUACAAUAUAUAUAUAUUAUAUUAUUCUCAACGUUAUUAAUCAUAUAGACAACGGUUUCUCAUACCAUGAAAAGUGUAUCGAAAAGCAAUAUUUAUAUAUAAGUAUCAGUAUUUAAUUAUUGUAUUAUUUUAAAACGACACCCAAUGGGAAUGAUCGGUACAUAUCUAUUUAAUAUUUUACACUUCAUAUAUACUCAUAUGUUUAUAAUUUUAUAACUUUCAUAAAAAUGUAUUGUUGUAUUACGACAGAACAAUCUGUUCCUAUUUAUUUCAUUUUUGUACGAAUAAAAUUAUCACGUGAUAAGAAAAAAUUUUACUAUGUUGCAUAUUAAUAAAUAAUUUUUUUAUAUAUAUAUAAUU